AUAAUUUAACCUACUAUUUAUUUAUUUGAAGAAAGAACGGCGAUCCAGAGUUUUCUUGUUAAUGCUAAAUUCCAGUUUCCAGACGAUCAGCUCCCGCGGUUCAAGCUUUCCCCCACCCUUCUGGCCCAACUUCGAAUUCAGAAUUUGAAGUUAUCAUUCCCAAAGCUUCAGCAUCAUCAUCUGAUUCAAUUCCUCCGAGUAGCAUGAUUAGAAAUUGAUCGAUGACGAAUCGAAAGUUCUGCAACUGUGCUAUCUGUGAGAAUUCAAAUCAAGCUUUCAUUUGCACUAUUUGCGUUAAUUACAGAUUGAAUGACUACAACUCAACGUUAAAAUCAUUGAAAGCUCGGCGGGAUUGGUUGUAUUCGAGGCUGAGUGACGUGCUUGUGGCAAAGGGUAAGGCAGACGAUCAAUUAAACUGGAGAGUGACUCGGAAUGAGAAACUUGCAAGGUUAAGGGAGAAACUCCAACGUAGUAGAGAGCAACUCGAGCGAGGGAAGGCUGAGAUUGAGAUGACGUCCUAUGAUCUCAAGUUGAAAUAUGCAAUGCUUGAAUCAGCCCGUUCAGUGUUGGAAAAACAGCGAGUUGAACAACUGGAAAAGUCCUAUCCUGACCUUAUUAGCACCAAGAAUCUGGGACAUAUGGCAAUUACCUCCGAACGCCUUCACAAGCAGUCUGUGGUUGUUAAACAAAUAUGCAAAUUGUUUCCACAACGGCGAGUGUUGGUUGAUGGACAGAAAAAUGAGGGAACUGGUGAGCAAUUUGAUCAAAUCUGUAAUGUGCGCUUACCAAGAAGACUGGAUCCCCACUCUGUUCCACCAAAUGAACUUGCUGCUUCUUUGGGAUACAUGGUGCAACUUCUAAAUCUUAUUGUUCAAAAUUUGGCUGCUCCUGCACUUCACAACUCAGGUUUUGCGGGUUCUUGUUCACGCAUAUGGCAAAGGGACUCGUAUUGGAAUGCUCGUCCAUCUUCUCGUAGCAAUGAGUAUCCACUUUUUAUACCACGCCAAAACUACUGUUCAACAAGUGGGGAAAAUUCAUGGUCUGAUAAAAGCUCUAGUAACUUUGGUGUUGCUUCGAUGGAAUCAGAGAAGAAACCACAUUUAGGUUCACUAGAAAGUAGUAGCUUCAAUUAUUCUUCAGCUUCUCCGCAUUCUAUUGAAACACACAAGGAUUUGCAGAAAGGGAUUGCCCUCCUCAAGAAAAGUGUAGCAUGCAUCACUGCAUACUUUUAUAACUCUCUGUCUUUAGAUGUUCCUUCUGAAGCUUCUACUUUUGAAGCAUUUGCUAAAUUAUUGGCUACUCUUUCUUCAUCCAAGGAAGUGCGUUCUGUUUAUUCCCUCAAAAUGGAUUCUUCCAGGUCCCCUAAGCACGUUCAGAAACUGAACAAAUCUGCAUGGAACGUGGAUUCUGACUUUCCAUCAAGCAUGCUGCUCGAUAGCGUGCAUACGUUAAUAAUGAAAAACAAUUGUGAGAGUAACCUUCCAAGUUCUGCUGCGAGUUACCUUUAUGCCACUGAAUUUUCCGAUGUUGGAAAGAAUGAUUGCAGCAUAGAAGGAUGGGAUCUCGUGGAGCAUCCAACUUUUCCUCCUCCACCUUCCCAAGCUGAAGAUAUUGAGCAUUGGACUCGAGCAAUGUUCAUCGAUGCCACCAGAAAGUAAUUUAAUGGGUGCCAUGGAGAUAGCGCGAGAGAAGUUCUUGGAACAACUCAAUGCAUCUCUGGUGCAUGAUCGAUCAGCUUUGGACCUGUAAAUAUGGAGACUUAAAAAGGGUACAGAUCUGAACAUAUUUAGAUUUAGACGAACUACUACUAUUAUUCCAUCAUCUUAUAUUCUGGAUAUAUUUUAGAUUUAGGAAAAUUUCUAUUGUUGUUCUAUAAUCUUAGACAAUAGCCAUAGUAUUCGGAAAAUUCUUAAAUGGGUGCACAUGGAGGCAGGAGUUGGGUUGUGGGGAUGUGAUGUCUUUCAAAUGUACAUAUAAAUUGGCUAGAACUGGUUGAAUUGAACAAAGGAACUUCAAUAUAAUAUAAAACCAUCUGCAUACAAA